GGAGGGGUUGAUAACCAAAACUGGGCACAAAAUUGGCUGGAAGAGGGACUAGGAGGACACUUGAUGUUUCAAAAGGCUGUUGGGAUGAGGUCAAUUGAUGGUCAAGGUAGGGAAGAAAAUCAGCGGAAUUACAUGUAAGAAAAAGACGAGGGAGAACAUUGAACACAGGGGCAAUCACGGGAACAUGCGAGGUGAACGCGUCAAUGGACGCGUCCAGGGUUCAACCUUCGCUCCUUCUUGAGCUGCGUCACGUCGCAUCCUCUGUGGGAUGAAGAUGAAUUGGACUGGCGGGAGGCUGCAAAGGCACUCGGGAAACAAAGGUGGUCUGACCAAACGUCAAAAGCAACACUUUGCAAAAGCCCGCACACAGCUGCAGAACAGCACUCACCGUCCGUCUUCGUCUCCGUUCCGACCGAUAUUCCUGCAGCCGGGCGGUAUCGCCGAGUCCGAUAUCCUGUCGUCGCACCAAAGCCAGCGCCCCCCAAAGACACUCGACCAAUACGAUGCGCUCGCUCCCAUAACACAGCGUCUCAGCUCUCUGAAACCUCGACACAGGACUCGUAACUCCGACGCAGGGAAUAACGCCGCGCGGGAUCGUGCCGCUCGCCCACCAGAUUCGACAAAUAAGCGGCAGACAGAUAUCUCAGCAGAUAUCGCGGCGGUUUCGCGCAAUUGGGCUAAUGUAGGGCGAGAAUCACCGCGUUUGAGGGAACAGGGCGCGCACCGCCGAGGUGAAACGAAAACGCGUCACCCUACGGGUAUCGAAAAUGAGGACGCACUGGAACGCGAAAAGAAAAGACUCUUAGCAAAUAGCGACUGGGUAGGGCUUGCACCAUCGAAGCCUUUACAUAUGCGCUUCGGCUCGAGUAAAGAGAAGGAACGUAUUGGGAAGAGACACCGGAUUGACGCGAAACGGAAGCUCACUAGUGCUCAUAGAAACGACCGAGACUCAUACGACAUGCCGGAGGUGCCCAAACUCGAAACAUUCCUUGAAGACACGCGUCGCGGUCCCUUUAUAAGUGGAGCAAUUGUAAACGAUUUAGAGGAUAUCAGGAUCAGGAUCGGUACGGAGGCACUCGCGACUCAGCAGUCGCCGUGGGGGUACGAGUACGAGUCGCAGCAGCCUGCACGCCUUGAUACACAGUCUGACGACAUGCUUUUGGACGACGAGGAGCCACUACAGCUGGCUUUGGUGCACCAACAAAGCCACGGUGAGAGAGAUCCGAUCUCACAUCUUUCAUGGCCGGUAGAAGAGAAUGGCGAAACAGCACCAGUCCAUGUUGCUGGUGCCGGAGAAGAGCAACGAAAUAAUGAGCGCGACAAUGAUAUUGAUGACGUGGAUAGGCUCUUGGAAGAGGUUAACAGAAGCUCUUCUAUGUAUCCUGCACAGAUGCCGAAAUCCGUCCUCUCAAGCAGCCACGAUGCUGCACCACCACACACAGGCGAUCGCCAAGACCGCCAGCUGAAGGAUUCAGAUAUGUACUUCGAGAAGACUUGCGAAACACCGUAUCCCAUGCCAAGCAAUGAUUAUCUAGGGUCUCCAAGGAUGCAGGACUCAGUCCUACAAGGGCGCUGUCGGACGCCGUCUGUAAAACCUCCUCGUCUCUUCUUUAGGUCUGUCUCCUUUGAAUCGAAUGAUCGCCUGAGCCAACUGGAUUUGGAGAUGUCACAAAAGGAGCCACAGCAUGCGGGAUCACCCGAGCAGCGCGUGCAUUCAGGGACAAUUGAGCAAUUUGAUGUCUCAUGGAGACAGCUGUUGGAGCUCGCUUCAGACGGGUCAUACAGGUCGCAACAAACCGGACCUGGGCGCUCCGAACCUGUCGACUGGAAUGUCACCUCGAAUUGCUGCGGCAAUUCCGUCCACGGCGAGGAAAAUGCAAGCCUUGAUUCGGAGCGCGUGAUCGACGAGGGGCUUGCAUUGAAUUGUCAUGACCAGCACGAGGCGGCUCGCUCAGACGAGCCAACGCAUGCGACCGCGCCUCACUCAAGCGUCGCGUACAGCACGUUGCCGCAAGCAUCGGUGAGCAUAUCCGACGGCUCUUUCUCAGGGUCGCUGCCUGCGUCUCUUCGUCAAAUCGGAACACUUGCGGAGGAAUACCCUGCAGCACCUCCAUUCCAGUGCGCAGCCAUCGGCGAUGCCGAUGAGGAAGCGGCAGAAGCGGUAUGGAAGAAAUUCAUCUUUGGAAAUGACAAUGGAUAUGAAGAAAGGCGCGCAACGCCCGAAUGGGGGGUAAGUGCUGCAGGCGGGGCUGCAAUUGAAAUUGCGCCUUCUCUCCUAGUGAACCUCUCAGCGGCCGGCUCGGCUGCUCCGCCUUCGCCGCCUGAACGCGUGCAUUCUGUCACUUUUCAACGCAAUCUGCUGCCUAGCGGUGUGGAUGAGACUGACCCAGGGCCAGCUUCACCGGAAGACGGCUUGUCUGCGCGCACUAACGAGGCUAUCGCCCGGACGAGGCACGCGUCGCCGGACGGCACGGGCACCAUGGUGGCAGAUGAUGGAAUUGCUGGUGAGUCAGUUGGAGGCCAAGUCGCGCCUGGAACGCCCUGAAGGAGCGUUUACAAAGCCAGAGCCGUUCGGGCACGGCGUGGCUGGCGCAAACCGUUUUUUCGGGCCCGGCCCGCGCGCGGUGCCAUCAGAAGCGGCGAGAAAUGGGCAGUAUAGUUUUUUGGGCCGUCCAGAGCAUGAUCGGCCGCUUAACGGCCCUGUGGAGUCGCUGGGGAAUGUUGAGGAGCGGC